AUGACACACCCAAAAUGGGACGCUCGUACAAUUGGCUACGAUGCUGCGCUGGUCCGUCUGGACGGCCGCACAAGCAUCACACCUGCCACUCUCAACGGUAUCACGAAAAGGGACAACCCCAAACAGCCGGUCCGUGUUAUGGGAUUUGGAGUCAACCAGGAAGGCAAUGUGGACGGUGCCUUAAGGAUAGUCAAAGAGACCAUUAUAACUCAGGAAGAGUGCUCGGUAUGGAAAAGCCCUUUACCAGACCCCAUGCCGUACUCGGCUGUGUGCACCCUCGCUGAUGCUGAUGGAGAGUCCGCCUGUCAAGGGGACUCUGGCGGCCCUUUGGUAGACCAAGAGGACAACAGUCUGCUCCUGGGCAUUGUGAGCUUUGGGGCCAAUACCUGCGGCGUACAACACCCCAAUGUAUACACACGGGUGCGCCAUAUUGAG